CCAUCGUUCGGUGCGGUCGUUUCAUUAGGUGUGCUGCGCGAAAAGGAUUCGCUUUGUGCGGAAAUGCUUGUGGAGGAGCCACGAAAAAGGGCAUUUGAGGGGUAAUAUGUCAGGACGUUGAGUUUGAAACAGCAACAAUAUGGAUAUGGAUAAAGAUUAGUGGUUAAUCGUGAACGGAAUAUUUCUAGUGAAGUGCACGACUUGGGUUGAACCAGUCGAGAAUACAUUAGUGUUCGUUUCGAACGAGCGAGCUUCGACACGAGAGAGUGAGAGUAAAAAAAAACAAACGAGAGAGUGUUAUUCGAGUUCGUUGCCGAACGCGAUUCUCCUGGGGGCGAGAGCUCGAAUCGUCCAUCGGUUCGUCAUACGAGCAGCAGAAGUUAAGUAAUGGCGGAUGUGAUUGGUGCUUAGUGCUUCAGAAAAAUGAGUUUUUCGACGUGAUAACAGUGUUGAAAUGGACCCAGUCUGUAAUGCAAUGGAGGAUCAAAGUGUGGUGAACAGGAAUAUCUUGAUUCCAGAAUUAUAUUUUUUGAUUUCCAAGUUUUUGGCCAAUGGACCGCUGCGGGAAACUGCUCAGGUUUUGACCCGGGAAUUGGAGCAUUUAAAUAUUUUGCCCCGCCGUUUGGAUUGGACCGGCCAGGAGCAUCGUCAAACGUUAGAUGAGUUGGAGCGAAAAUAUCCCCACAUAGGGCCACAACAUCUGCUGGAACUAUGUACCCGGAUAGGACCCAUCCUGGACAAGGAUUUGGCACCGGCCGUCCCGGGAGUCGUCUCUUUGCUUGGGGCUGGCCGCCAGAGUGUGCUGCGGACGAAGGAAAGUAUUACCCGGCCGCGACAACUGGUGGACUAUUGCACCCGUUUGCACCAUAUGCCGCUGGCGGAUUCGGUUCACCGGAAUAAUACCCACAACAUAGCGAAGGUGCUGUUCGGUCGGGAAAGUGCCGGACCCAUCGUUCGGAGGCUAGCAAUACCUACCUCAUUUUAUACCAAGCAGAAUCUCCAGCGGCGAACGCUGGGCCACCUGUCGGCCGUUUAUUGUGUGCUGUUCGACCGAUCGGGGAAGUAUAUCAUAACCGGGGCGGAUGAUUUGCUGGUGAAGCUAUGGAGUGCAAUCGAUGGCAGACUGCUACAAACGUUCCGUGGGGCUUCGGCGGAAAUUACGGACAUUGCCAUCAAUUUGGAUAACACUAUGCUCGCGGCGGGAUCCUUGGAUCGGAUACUGCGCGUGUGGGAUUUGCAGUUCGGAGGACCCAUCGCGGUACUUUCGGGACACACCGGAAUGAUAACGUCGGUGAAUUUCUGUCCAUCACCGAACACGGAUCUGCGUUUCCUGGUUACCACUAGUACGGAUGGAUCUGUCGCGUUUUGGGAUUAUACCACCCGUGGUGGUAAAGCUCAGUUCUACUCGAAACCAGUAAUGUACCACGAGAAGCUCCGUCCUGGCCAGGCUCAGAUGAUUUGUGCAUCAUUUUCUCCGGGUGGUAUUUUCCUCGCGGCCGGAUCAGCAGAUCAUCAUGUGCGAGUAUAUUUGAUGUCCGAAGAUGGUCCUAAACGCAUCUUGGAAACCGAAUCCCACUCGGAUACGGUCGAUUCGAUCCAGUGGGCCCACAAUGGGCUGAGAUUUAUCUCCGGCAGCAAAGACGGUACGGCUUUGGUGUGGCAUUUCGAGACACAGCAGUGGAAAUCGACUCGGUUGAGUAUGGCCGAGCGGCUACCAAGUUGUCCCGCUCCCUCGCCAGAGGAAAACACCAAACCGAAGGUAACGAUGGUGUCGUGGGAUAAUACCGAUGAUUGGGUCAUUACAGCUGUGAAUGAUUUCACCAUUAAAAUUUGGAAUGCACACACUGGAAAGUUGCACAAGGUACUGCGUGGUCAUACCAAUGAAAUUUAUGUGCUGGAAUCACAUCAGAAGGACUCCGGUGUGUUGUUGUCAGCAGGACACGACGGGCAGCUGUUUAUUUGGGACAUUGUGCAAGGGGUUUCCCUGGCUAAUUUUCUCAAUCACAUCGAAGGCCAAGGAGAUGGCGGCAUCUUUGACGCAAAAUGGUCUCCCGAUGGAACGAUGAUCGCAGCAACGGAUUCCCAUGGACACAUUUUGAUGUUUGGAUAUGGGUCGGGACAUGAACGGUUGAAACAACUGCCGAAGGAGCUUUUCUUUCAUACCGAUUAUCGCCCGUUGAUCCGGGAUUCAUCCCAUCACGUGAUGGAUGAGCAGACGCAAACUAUGCCGCAUCUAAUGCCGCCACCAUUCCUGGUAGAUAUCGAUGGCAAUCCGUACCCGCCGGCGAUGCAACGAUUGGUGCCAGGCCGAGAAAGUUGUCCUUCGGAUCAGUUGAUUCCGAACAUUACGAUUGGUGGUGGGGAAGGGGAACCGCCCCAGGAAGGAUCUUAUUCAAACAUCGAUCGGAUGAUUGAAGCAUUGGCGAAUCGUCAGGCAGGUCCGGAUGGGGCCGAUCAAGCUCCUGACUCUAACAAUGACAGAGAAAACCGCAACCGCUUGGGACUUCCCGAGGGAGGGCUACCGAAUGAUCCGAAUCGACCGAAUGGCCGACCUCAACAGGGAGCUCUGCGCUUCAGCGCUGGAAACUGGCAUCGCGAUGGUAGCUACAAAUUUCAUCGACGUCAGUACGUACGUCCCAUGAACUAUUCCAGUCUUCAGCAUCUGAAACAAAAAGUACAUGCAGCGGGGCAACAAGAGCACGAACAGUAUCGACGCGAGAUGCGACGUCGUCCUCUGAUGAUCAACACUUCAAAUAACGGCAAUUCGUCUAGCAAUCAAGCGAAUCGACGUUCCGGGGGACGAAACAAUUCAAAUCGACCGAUACGUCGUGCUCCUCUUGCGAAUGGUGGUGAAGCAAACGGUAGACCUCAACCCGCAUAUCGAACUCGGGCAGUUCGAGAAAAUGAGCCCCAACGGGAGGAUGCUCCCGAGCAGCCUGAAUCGUCAUCCUCCGAAAGCAGUAACAGUGAUGACUCGACAGCAAUCGAGGAUGAACUGGAUCUGUCAGGAUCAUCUAGCUCCGAUUCGGACAGUUCAGAUUAUUCGGAUUGGGUGUCACACGAGCCGGGUCGUAAUUUGGAACCACCAAAAAGAUCCAAGCGAAAGCAUGUUCAACGAAGGGCUUACUCGCCGCCCGAAAUGGACCAACCAGGGCCAAGCAGUGGGCGCAGACCUAAGAUUCGGAAAAUACCCAUUACUCGGGACGGGGAGAUUCCGGAAGCAUAUCGACCACCGGAAUGGCUGUCGGAGGUUAUCCCACGGAAGGCUCCCUACUACCCGCAAAUGGGCGAUGAAGUUGUAUACUUCCGCCAGGGUCAUGCGAGGUAUCUGGAAGCAGUAAGAACCAAAAACGUUUACAACUUGGGGAACAAAUGCGAACCAUGGGGUUCACUCGAGUUGCGAGAUCAUGAAAUUUGCAAAGUGAUUGGUAUCAAGUACGAGAUCCGUCCGCCCAGGUUGUGCUGUCUGAAGCUGGGCAUCAUGGACGAGGACGGUGUGCAGACAGGUCAUUCGUUCGUUAUCAAGUACCAUGAUAUGCCGGAUGUGCUGGAUUUCCUGGUGUUGAAGCAAACCUUCGAUACAUCCGUUCGCCGAAACUGGGGCCCGGGCGAUCGCUUCCGGUGUAUGAUUGAGGACGUCUGGUGGUUGGGACAGAUUGAAUCCCAUAACCAGCUGUCGGCGGACUUCCCGGAUUCGUUGUUCAUGUGUUUCCGAGUGCGUUGGGAUAACGGAGAGUACGAGUUCAUGAGUCCCUGGGAUUUGGAGCCAGUGGAUGAGAAUCGAUUACCGGUGGAAGUGGGCGGGGCUGUACCGGUGCUGCCGGAAGAGUUGCGAGCAACACUGUAUCAGCCCAAAACAGAAGAGUGGCCCCGGGGUGAUCGGGAUGCUUCGUGUCGCCGGAUUAUCAAUGGGCUAGAGCAGGUCAUGGGACUCGCUAUAGCGGAUCUUUUCCUGGCACCGGUGGAUCUCAACAUUUAUCCCGAGUACGCGUUCGUCGUUGAGUAUUCCAUCGAUUUGAAUACGAUAAAGGCCCGGUUUGAGAAUCAGUUCUACCGGCGGAUAACGUCAGCCCAGUUCGAUGUCCGCUAUCUCGCUACCAAUGCGGAAAAGUUCAACGAGUCUCACAGCAACAUUGUCAAGCACGCUCGUAUUGUUACGGACCUGUGUUUGAGGAUUCUUGGUGAUGUAAACGAUGUGGACGUCCCUGCCGUAUAUCAUCAGCUGGUGGACACCUAUAUAUCCUCGGAUUCGGAUAGCGACAGUAACCGACCGGGACCUUCGACUAGCGGCGGCAACAGCAGUAACAGACGGCCAGCGGCUGGUUCGAGAAGGUCCCGUAGGUUGGUUCCCGAAGGCGAUUGGCGGGUGGAUUGUCGGGAGUUGUUGGAAAUGAUCUGGCAGUGUGAUGAUUCUGAACCUUUCCGGGAACCGGUAGACACUAUACAACAUCCAGAUUAUCUACAAAUUGUGGACACCCCGAUGGAUCUUCGAACCAUAAAGGAGGAUCUGCUAGGUGGAAACUAUGAAUCGCCGCUCGAUUUCUGCAAGGAUAUGAAGCUGAUAUUUCAGAACUCGCGCAACUACAACACUAAUAAGCGAUCGAGGAUCUACUCGAUGACCCUUCGCCUGAGCACCCUGUUCGAGGCUCACGUCAAACCGAUUAUCUACAACUGGAAGUCGGCCAGAAGGCGUGGCAAAGCAAAUGCCGCAAAACGAGCCAGUGGCGGUGGAGGUGCUGGCGGAUCGGGAGGUGCGUCGAAGAGUCGCCGUGACGAUCGCACCCGUGGUGGCACGGGGGGUGGAAGUGGUGCAGGUCCAUCGAAUCGACGCUCCAACCAGAGUACCAAUACGAGCGGGUCCUCGGCAAGAAAUGCGCACUCGAAUGAAGAUGACGACGAUGAUGACGACGAGGAUGAGGAUGGUCAUAAUCAAGGACCAAAGAAGCGACCCACCAGAAAUGGAACGGCUGCGGCGAGACGAAUCCAAUCGAGUAGUUCGAACGGGGUUUCCUCCAGUAGUAAUAAUGUUUCUAUGGAAUCACAACCGGGUCCGAGCCGAAGUGUGGCGGCAACCAGCGGUACAACAUCCUCGGGUCGUGUGACGAGACGGUCACAGGAGGCGGAGGAAGAGGGCGAUGCAACGGUGAGUAGUGACGACACUGAAAGCUCGAGUGAUUCCAGUGACAGUAGCGAGGAUAGUACGGGAGUGCCGGUGUCACACAAACGAGACUAUGAUUCUGGUGAGAUUUAUGAUCCCUACAAGAAAAAACGACGAAGACAGUCGAAACCCAAAAAGGCUAAAAAGAAACAGAGUAAAAGUGUUGUUAGUUCAUCCACGGCGAAAAAGAAACCUUCGACGAGUGUAACAACAACCGCAGGAGGGAGUGAACCCCGAGAUUUUCUUCCCAGUCGGCAGCAACAUCAACCGUCGAGACAAAGGAUCGGUGGUAAUGUUGAGGCGCCUACGACUUCGGCGGUAACGACGGCUGGAUCGUCACGAAUGAACUCUCGUUUGGUGGUGGAUGGAGAUAGGAAUGAACGAGAAGAGCGAGAGUUGCGCAGGGGAGUGAACGAUAACGAUAAACCAAAGAAUAAUACUAGUAGUAACAACAGCAGUAGUAGAAGGACACUUCGAAGUACUCGUAAUAAUACCGCUAGUGAUAGCGAUGUGGAUGAUGACGCCGGUGAAGGGCCGAGUAGUGGGCGAAGGCCCCCAAAGCGGCAACAGAAGUACGAGUCGGAUCACAGUUAUCAUAUGGAACGGCCGAAGGCUUCACGGAUAACUUCCGACACGGAUCACGAGGAAGAGUCUCCGAGAUCGACGAGGGGAACGACCAGACGAGCGCAGGCUGAAUGGGGUAGAAGCGAAGACAGUUUGGACGCUGCCGAAGACCAUGAGCAGCCAUCGAAUUCUCCACAAUCUUCUAGCAGCAGAAGAAUAAUGAGGCCACGUAACAGGAUUUCCGAUCUAGAGCAGAGCCCUGAAGAGGUGAGCAACAUUAGCAAGCGAGGAUCUUCGCAACGAACGGCGGCUAAUCGAGCUCGUACCUGGCAACCUGUUGUUGAGAGUGAUUACGAGCCCCUGGUUCAGUUGCAACCUUUUGAUCAGCCCAGUACGAGUUCCUCUGGACCUGCUCCCUCUCGGUCACGCGUUAGCCGUACCAAUGGCCCUUCAUCCAGCACUGCCUCAAGAUCGCUUCGAAAAACAACAAAUCGCCCCAGCGAUCGUCGUCUACGGAAUGUGUCACACAGUGAAACAUCGGUAACGCCACCGCCACAUACGGUGGACCAUAACUAUGGCGAACCAUCUUCUAGAAUGACCCGCAAUCGGCAUCAACUUUCCCGCCAUCAGCAGAAUGCGGACGAACUAGAUCAAACACCGGAAGAACCUUCCGACGAGGAGGAAGCAAGCGAUGACGAUGCGCCACUGCGACCACGUGCUUCCGGUCAGAUCAGUUCACGGCUUCGCAGCAAAACCAAUUCUCCUGUCAAACGGAAGAAAAAACCAUCCGCAACAACCGAUGAUGAUGAACAGGAGGAAUCCGACGAUGAGUUUGAUGGUAAUGUGGAAGAAGCCGAAUCAGAAGAGGAGGAGGAAGAAGAAGCGGCGGUGGAGAGUAGCGAUGACGAUUCGGAAGAUAACACCCCGCUUCAAAUAAUGUCACAACAGUCUAGAGGCAGUAGAUCACAGACAGCUAGCAGAAGAAGUAAAACUGUAUCGAGCGCCUCCAACGUUAGCAGGCGGACACGACAACGGGAUCGAUUUUCAUCGGAGGAUGAUUUUGGUGGUCCCGGUCCAUCCACACAACGGAACACUCGAAAUCUGAAGCGACCACACUACAACGAAGAGAGCGAUGUGGAGGACGAUGUGAACACACGACAACGGGCCAAGCGAGCUGCAUACUAUGGAAGCCAACCUGGCGGCGGCAGCAGUAAUCACACGAAUCAUUCACAUCAUGCGGGCGCUGCUUCUUCCAGCCGGCACAACGGCAAUGUAAGUAACGACGACGACGAAAGCGACGCCAACAGUGAUGACAACGAAGCCCUAACGAGCGUGAGCAGCCGGGGCCGGGUGCGACGAAUCAAUCCGAAGGCACGGAAAAUUUUCCGCGAAUAGUACACCCACGCAAGUUGUCCUUGUUGUGUAUAGUUCCCUCGUUGUACAUUUCCCCUGUUUCCUAGUUUUGUAAUAGAUCCUAACCAUUUGUUAGAUUUAAAUGAUGAGACGUCAAGUUUAACGCGUUUUUCAAUACUGCCACUCGAUUUCCACACACGUACCCAGAAGACACACUUAUUUUCCUUUCGAAAACAUCAAAAUAUUUCGCUCAAUUGUAAUUAGUACUCUUAGGGAGCUGAAGUCAGUCGUAUACACACAUAUUUUUAUUACAAUAGUCUAGGUUUACUUCAUUUGUUUGUUUCGUUUGAAUGCUUGUUUGGACGCUUUUCCUUGCUUUGCUGAGAAAAAAACAAAGCAUAAAAUUAUCAAUAGACCCUUUUUGCUAGAAGAAGUAAAACUCGUUGAAGAGUAAAGACUGAUCAAAUUCAUAAAUCGUAGCUUUUAUUUCGAAGCAAAAGGGGAGGUAUAAGUUUAUUUUUCCGUAUCGCGUGUCAAUUUUUGAAGGUGGAAAGUUGAGAUCGUGUUCUUUGAUUCAUCCGAGAUCCGAGAUAUGUUAAUUUUUCAUUUUCAGCUUGAAUUGUUGUUAGAAUAUUAUGCAUUGCAGCAUAAACGUGUGAAUGGUAUGCCAUUCGGGCGAUGGUGGGCGAGUACAAUCGAGUAGCGGUUAGGUAUGCACGCCGUACCGAAUGAGUGUGUCUUUUUCCCCCUUGUAAAUUAGUUUUAGUCGAUAAGCUUAUGUAUGAGAACAACACACGUCGUGAAUGAUUAUUAUUAUGGAGAAUAAUGCAAAAGAAGAUAAAAAUUCGCUAUUAAGGUUCAAGUCGGAUGGCGUCGAAAGUUAGAUUAAAACUCUUUAAGAAAAGUGAA